AAGGGCGAGGAGAAGGCGGUGGUCCGCCAUUUCGUGGACGCCAGGUCAGCGAGAGCAUCUGCGGGAGUCGGGCCGGAGGGGAGCGGGAAGCGGGAAGACCCGUCCGAGGGUGUGUGGUUUUGAGCGUCUGCUUUGUAACCCAAGAUUUCGAAAUGCAUCGUGAUUCCUGUCCACUGGACUGUAAAGUUUAUGUAGGUAAUCUUGGAAACAAUGGUAACAAGACUGAAUUGGAACGAGCUUUUGGCUAUUAUGGACCACUCCGAAGUGUGUGGGUUGCUAGAAACCCUCCCGGCUUUGCUUUUGUUGAAUUUGAAGAUCCCCGAGAUGCAGCUGAUGCUGUUCGAGAGCUAGAUGGGAGAACACUGUGUGGCUGCCGAGUAAGAGUGGAACUCUCGAAUGGUGAAAAGAGAAGUAGAAAUCGUGGCCCACCUCCUUCUUGGGGUCGUCGCCCUCGAGAUGAUUAUCGGAGAAGGAGUCCUCCACCUCGUCGCAGAUCUCCAAGACGGAGAAGCUUCUCCCGCAGCCGGAGCAGGUCCCUUUCUAGAGAUAGGAGGAGAGAGAGAUCACUGUCUCGGGAGAGAAAUCACAAGCCGUCCCGAUCCUUUUCUAGGUCUCGUAGCCGAUCUAGGUCAAAUGAAAGGAAAUAGAAGACCAGUUUGCAAGAGGAGUGGUGUACAGGAAAUAACUUCAUUUGACAGGAGUAUGUACAGAAAAUUCAAGUUUUGUUUGAGACUUCAUAAGCUUGGUGCAUUUUUAAGAUGUUUUAGCUGUUCACAUUUGUUUGUCUCUUGGAACAGUGACACAUAAAGAUGUAAUUCUCUAUGAUUUGAAUGGAUCAUAUGAGGCAUGUAAUAUUAAGAGUUGUUACUUUACAAUGUUCCCUUAAGCAAAAUUGAAUUUGCUUUGAAGUUUAGUCUUACAUAGACUGAUAAUAAACCUAUUAACAACUCCUGCCCAGUUAAAGCUUGACAUUUCAUAUUAUGAAGACAAAACUGGCAAAAAUUGAACAGGGUUUUUCCAUAGCUGAGAUAGUGUGCAUGCAGCUGUAAUUGAACAGUCUUUAAAAGCUGCUGUGAACCCAAGUCAGCAGCUAAAAAUUAAGCUGCACUGUUAAACUAGGUUAGAGGUUUAAAAUAAAAUGAAUCCUAGUUGUCUUCGUACUGGGCAGAGGUGGUCCAGUUGGUGUAGAAUUGGAAGUUUCAAGAAAGUUUACUUUUGCUUUAGGUCAUAAGUUCAUUUUAACAGGAUUGCUGUAUAUGAACACACAGCUCUAUGUAACAUUCUCUCUUUGGAAAUUUGAAACUAUUCAAGAUACCAAUGUCCUGCCGGUUUAAGGGUACAUUGUAGAGCUGAACUUUGAGUUACUGUGCAAGAUUUUUUUCAUGCUGUCAUUUGUAAUAUGUUUGUGAGAAUCCUUGGGAUUAAAGUUUUGGUUACAAAUUGUUGUUUAACCUGAAAGCCUGUUUUUCCUUGCAAAACUAAAAUCUGUGAGCUUGGUAUCAAGUCCAGGUAUAACAUUCCUAUUGGAAGCCAUACUUAUAUUUUCUUGUAAAGUGCUUUUGAAUUAAUAAAAUAUUAGCAUAAUUGUGUAAUAGUCGAACCCACUAUUACCAUAGUUCUUCUUGUCCCAUGGAAAUCCGUUGGUUACACAAAUCUUAAAACACAAUUGAGGCUGAAGGGAAUUCUUGGUGUCACCUAAGUGAUCGUACUUAACCAUUUUUUAGGAGUAGGAGCCAGUUCAAAGACCGUGAUACUCCGUGACCAACAUCUUUUAAAGUAUAGCAACCUGGUACAUUAUAACCCAAAGUGGCCCAUAGAAAAGGCUUUAUCAUUAGCAUGAGAUCUUCCACAAAGCUUUAAAAAUUGCUUCCAUUUUAUAUAAUCAGAGGUGUUGCAUGGAAAUUCUAAAUUGAUCCAUUAUGAUGUAAAUUUCACUAUAUGGUUCAAAUGUAACGGUGCAGAAUUGAAUAUGGAGGCAUGCAUAACCUUCCUCUUAGAAACCCAGAGGAGUUGUAAUUUCAAAAUUUUGUGCGAUUAGAUUAAAUCAUAAUGCAACUA